UAUCCUUCUGUCGGGUUUAACCACGACCGCUAUAUAUACACACACUCUCACUUCACACAGAAUCUUACCUCUCUCUCUCCUCUUUCUCUCUCUAGACUCGCGAUGGUGGUGGUGGAAACUCUUCGACUCGGAAUGCGCCACGGCGGUGAGAACUGUAAGCCGCCGCCGGCGGAGCCGCACUACAGGGGCGUACGGAAGAGGCCGUGGGGGCGGUACGCGGCGGAGAUACGAGACCCCAUGAAGAAGGCCAGGAAGUGGCUCGGCACCUUCGACACCGCCGAGGAGGCCGCCCUGGCCUACGACAACGCCGCCCGGAGCCUCCGUGGCCCCAAGGCCAAGACCAACUUCGCCGUCGCGGCCGCCGCGCCGCCGUAUCCUUACGGCGGCGGGAUCUUGAAUCAGCUGCAGCGCUGGUGCACGGUUUACGCUGCACCGGCGGGAUGGAACCUGAGGUUUCCCGCUAGUUCCGGAGCUCCGGCGAUGCAGGGUUUUCCGCCUUUUGGGUACGACGUCGUUGGGAUGGUGAGGAGGGGCGAGGAAGAGAAGGGCCAAGAGGAGGAAAGAAAGGAGGAUAAAAAGCCGCUACCGUUUGAUCUGAAUUUGCCGGCACCGCUCUACUAAUCAGACGGCUCUGAUUUGAUGAAAAUGGUCUGUGAUCAUAGGGGCUGGACAACUAAUUUUCUCUUUCCAUUUUUGCCCUCUAAUUUUAUUUUGUUUUUUUGUUUUUUUGUUUUUACUGGCAAGUAUUUGCCAUCUAGUGUUUAAUAUGUUAUAUAUAUAUAUAAUUUCUAGAUUUAUGCUUUGCUUUUGUGUAUAUAUACUUCUUGUUGAUGGCAACUUUGGACGGUGUUAUUAGA